UGUUGGGUCCAUAAAAUGAAAUAAAACUUAAGCAGGAUAUACAAAACCCAUUGUCUAUAUUAGAUAGAUUCAUUACACUCAGCGGUCACAAAAUGUUCACAGAAUACUAGACUGGUGGUCCUCGGGAUUUUUUUGUUAAAGGAAAACUGGAAAUACAUCUCCGUAUAGAGAUUUCAACCCAUAGAGAAUCUAAAUCAAAAUUGUGUAGCCUUUGUAAUGGCAGUUGGAGGUGCAGCUCAUUUCGAUGUGAAUGAAAUAGAGAACCUCGUGUUCGGAGGAGGCGGAGCAAAGGGUGUGGCUUAUGGGGGAGUCAUUGAGGUUCUAGAAGAGCUUAAGAUAUUACAAAAUGUAAAGAGAUUUGCAGGAACUAGCGUCGGAUCCAUUGUCGCUGCCCUUCUAGCGAUGGAGUGUACAGUGGCAGACACCAAGAAGUACCUGGAAAUCAAUUUUGACUAUUUACUGAAAGAUUGUUGCUGUGGAUUGUGUAGCUGUACUGAAGGUUGCUGUUGUACCUGUGCCUCUUGUUGCUCCUGUUGCCGAGAUUGUAUGGGUCGCAUUAGCUCCUGCUUUCUGACAUGCUGUGGUAUGUGCAACCUCCUAUGUGGCUUCUGUUCCUGCAAUGACUCUUCCUUUGGAAUGUACACAGGGGCGAAGUUCAAAACAUGGCUCAGAGAGAGAUUUGAAGAGUUGGGCUUUCCAAGAACAGUAACGUUUAAGGAGUUGUAUGAGAAGAACAGUAAGGAACUGUGUAUAGUUGUGACCAACAUCAGUACACAGAUGGAGGAAUAUUGUCACGUCAAGACUACACCGGACCUGGAGAUCGUACAGGCUGUCCGAAUGUCCAUGUCCAUCCCAGUGGUUUUUGAAGACGUUCGAUUGAUGAAUAAUACCGGUAGAGAAGCAGUGUAUGUGGAUGGGGGAGUAUUGUGUAAUUACCCAAUAUUCUGUUUUGAUGGGUGGUGGCUGUCAAUGAACCCAGAGCAUUCUUUCUUUAGAAAACUAACGAAUGUUGAGAAGAUGCCCGAGAUAUAUGAAGAGAGAUUUCAAGUAGAAAAUCAAGAUCUGUUAAAAACACUCGGGUUUGUUUUGUUUGGCGACAAAGAAAGUGAACUCUUUCGAAGACAGUUCAGAGGAAAAGUUGGUGUUAAUAAGUUCACCAUAACAGAACAACCGAAGACUACUGGUGUUCCAGAGGAAGAGGAAGUAGAUGAACUAUUCCGAACUAUGGAGACCAAGCUUAAAAAAAAAUUUGUGUCCUUGCACACAUCUGAAAUUGACAACACAGAGAAGUUAACCGCAUUCCUGGAGUUUGUUCAAGCCAAGGAUGAAGAAGGAAAAUUGGAAAAAUCAGAUUUCAUUUCUGAACUCGAAAAGUUUGGACGAAAUCAGAGAGACGUUUACAUGGCUUUAUUUGGAGACAGAAGCCCGCCACAAGUAUGGACUUACUUAACUCAUGGGACUAGUGACAAGUUGGAAUAUUCGGAUAUUAGUCGAUUCAUCACUACGACAACCGGAUACAGCAUAAAUCAAUGGUACAGUGGCUUUUCUUACAAUCCAUGUGGUUCAGGGACAGAAUUCCUCGGCUCCUUAACCAGUACAAUGAUCAAUAAUUCCAGCAGAAUCCAUGUAAAGGAAAAGGACAUCCCGAGGACGGUCGGAAUAAACACAAAAUACAUCACGGCUCUCGACUUCGACAUGGAGGAAGACGACAAAACUUUAUUGAUAAAAUGUGGAAGAAAUGCUGUGACGGAAUAUUUUAAUACAUAUCAUUAUAAUUCUGCACAGGAAUCUGGAUAGAGUUGACUGCACAUGGAUAUGAACUUUCUAUUAUAGGAUUAAACAUUCUUCUUGAAGAAUCUAUCAUCUAAAUAUAAACUGUGGACAUUUUACUCACAAACUGAAUAUGUUAAGUUUGUGAGUAAAAUGUCAAAUUCACACAGCGAGAAAUUCUUCAAAAAGAAAUUUUGAUUCUUAUAAUUCCAAUUAAUUUCCUGUAUUAUCAAUUUCAAAAUUUUGGAUUCUUUCCACGCUCUACGCUCUUUGUUUUCAGGCACGCUUGUAUACAUAGCGUGUUUGGAUUUAUUGAUGUGUAAAUUCUCAAUUAGAUUUAUUUUUGUCCAACCAAAAACAAUUAUGAUAAAUAACAUUGGUAUUAUUACAAUGUAAAAAUUAUCAUGGAAUAUUAGACAAGUUUUAGACAAGUUUACACGUAUAAUUCAGUUGUAACGUUUAUUUUAUUUGUGUUGAUGAAUUACUAACAUUCUUUUCUUUCUAAUUAGAACAUCUAUGAAACGAUAUUCUUUGUUUGAAAUGACUUAUUUUGCACUGCUCAAGUUCAGCGGUUUCCUUAAAAAUUACAUAAUAUACGUGUAUUAUACACAUAUACAAACACACGCCAAUAUUCAACUACAUUUCUAAUGUAAAUUAUCCUGAUAUACAUGUAUAGCCUUUGGCAUAGGUGAGCUAAAAGAAAAGGACUGUUCGUCAUCUAUGACACAGAUUCGUAUUUCAUGAAUAAUCACAUAAUUUCAAUGCGAAAUGUCCUAAAAUGCAUUUUUUUUAAAAACUGAUAUUUUAAGAAUUAUGAACAUUUUGACUGUCAAUAUUCAUUUUCAUUUAUAUUUCCCAACUAACUAUUUGUAGCGGCGUAAUGUUAACGUUACAAAAAUAAUUUUCAGAAUAACCGAUAAUAAGCUCCGUGUUUUUGUCCCAAAUGGUGUUUACUCCAAAAGGAGUACCAACUUUGUGCUUGAGCAUGUCUAAUAAAGGUGUUUUUCAUUAAAUAUCAAAUACAGCA